AUGUCCCUCAGGGAAUGGAAGACAACGCAGGGUCCCCAUCAACGCUUUCUGCUCAGGGAGUUGCUGAGAGAUUAUAACCCCAUGGAGAGGCCAGUGGCCAAUGACUCCCACACCCUCACCGUCCACUUCUCCAUCACUCUAAUGCAGAUCAUGGAUGUGGAUGAAAAGAACCAGAUCCUCACCAUGAAUGUCUGGCUGCAGAUGCAGUGGUAUGAUCACUACCUUCAGUGGAAUCAGUCAGAAUAUCCUGGAGUUAAAAACCUUCGCUUCACUGCAGAUCAAGUAUGGACACCUGACAUAUUGCUUUACAAUAGUGUUCAUGACAAGUUUGACGCCACCUUUAAGACCAACGUGCUGGUAAACUCCAGUGGCUUCUGUGAGUAUCUGCCUCCAGGAAUAUUUAUGAGCACCUGUAAUGUGGACGUGCGCUGGUUUCCCUUUGACAUACAGCGAUGUGAGUUAAAGUUUGGUUCCAGAACAUUUGACGGCUGGCUGCUGGACAUCCAGAUGAAAGAUGCAGAUGUGUCGGGAUACAUGCCUAAUGGGGAGUGGGACCUACUGGAGGUGCUCGGAGGUCGCAACGAGGUUUUUUACGAGUGUUGCACAGAGCCCUACCCUGACGUGACCUUCGUGGUGACUCUGCGCCGACGGACUCUCUACUACACUCUCAACCUCCUCAUCCCCUCCGUGCUCCUCUCGUCCAUGACGCUGCUGGUCUUCCUGCUCCCGGCCAAGUCCGGGGAGAAGAUCAGCUUGGGCAUUACAGUUCUACUUUCUCUGACUGUUUUUAUGUUGAUGGUCGCUGAGAUCAUGCCCGCCACUUCAGAUUCUAUACCACUCAUAGGUCAGUAUUUCGCCAGCACCAUGGUGAUUGUCGGGAUGUCCGUAGUAGCUACGGUCAUUGUCCUUCAGUUCCAUCACCACAACCCCAACAAUGGACAAAUACCACAUUGGGUCAACCUGGUUCUGCUGCAGUGGGUUCCUUGGUUCCUACGGAUGAAAUGCCCAGGUGAGGGAGCGGAACAUGAUCUUCACCACAGGCAGGCAGACACUCAGAGCAAGACCCUCUCCUCUCCCGCCACCACCGCCACCCAGAUGACCUAUAUCCUUCCCCAGAGUCUCGCCUCCCUCAGAGCCAGCCUGACUCAGCUCCACCACUCACCACACCACCGGUGCAUCUCCCAAGCCAUCAUUCUCCCGCAUCCCAUCCACAGAGAUCCCAGCCCCAAUUUGCAUCCUCAACCGAACGGUCAUCUGCAUUACAUGGGGUUCCAGGCCUUUCCGCCCACAGCAGAACUGGAAGCUCAGAGUCAUAGUCAGAUGAGGGGCUCCUACGGAGCAGCAGCCGAAGAUGGAGAGGCAUCAGAUGGAGGGGGAGAUAUGCUGAGUCAUCAACACGUUUCAUCUGGCAAAUCGCAGGAAACGAAAGUGUCUCUCAACCAUGAGUCCACAACCAUCUUUCCAGGGGCAUGUGGAUUAGAAUCUGGGCCGGGCUCAGGGAGGGCGGCGCCCUCAAACACCCAUAGUGGCAUCACUGGAAGCAGGGUAGUGGACAACCAGCUCCAGGCUCUUCUCACAGAAGUGCAAUUUUUGGUGGAACGGGUUCGCGAGCAGGACCGGCAGCUCAGUGUAGCCGAGCAGUGGCAGUUCGCCGCAGCUGUCAUUGACCGCCUGUGUCUGGUCGGAUUCAGCGUCUUCAACAUCAUCUGUACCAUCGCCAUUCUCAUGGCUGCACCCAAUUUUGGGGAGGCUCUGGCCAAAGAUUUCCUCUGAGAAGCAACAAAACAGACUGGAGGAAGAGAUCUUUGCAAGCACAAUUGCUGUUAAUUGGUCCGAUUUUUUAUUUUUAAAGACAGAUUUGGCUGUUUGAUCUCACAUGAAGACAUGAGAAGUGCAUGUGCCUAUGAAUAUUCUCAUUUAUGCAGAUCAUUUCAUUCUCAGGGCAUUGAAUUGAUGGCAACUGGACUGUUCUGGUUGUCUUUGAAGACGUUUCGCCUCUCAUCCAAGCAGGCUCUAUCAGCUUAUACAGCGCCGUCAAAACGUAUUGGCCCCCUUCUCAAUUUCUUAUAUUUUUGCGUAGUUUCCCCCACUUUAAUGUUUAAGAUUAUCAAACAAAUGUAAAUAGCAGACAAAUAUAACCCAAGUGAACUUAAAAUGCUGUUUUUAAAUGGUGAUUUCAUUCAUUAAGGGGAAAAAAACAUUCAAAGGUACCUGGCCCUGUGUGAAAAAGUAAUUACCCCCCUUUUAAAUGAUGAAUUAACUAGAAGAAGAAGAAGAAGAAGAAUCAUCUUUUAUUGUCAUGAACAUGCAUGCAUGCACACGAAAUUUGUUCUCUGCAUUUAACCCAUCACAGUGAACACAUACACAUGUUAGUGGAACACACUGGAGCAGGGGGCAGCUGAAGCGCCCGGGGAGCAUUUCGGGGUAUCAGUGUCUUGCUCAAGGACACCACAGCCGUGAGCCCGGGGGAUGUUGGCGGAUGGUCCAGUCGGGGUUUUUGAACCUAGGUCCCCCACGGUGGCAGGCGAUGAUCUUAACCAUUGGGCCACGGCUGCCUAUUAACUAUGGCUAAUCACAACUUUUGGUUAAUUUUCACUUAUCACACCCAAGCCUGAUUACCUGCAGACCUGUUCAAUCAAGAAAUCACUUAAACAGAACCAGUCCUGACAAAAUCAAGUUGGACAAAAGAUCUAAAAAAGCUACAACAAAAUGACACGAUCCAAACAAAUUCAAGAACAGUCAAGAAAUAAAGUAAUUCACAUCUGUCAGUCUGGAAAGGGUUACAAAAGCAAUUUCUAAAGCUUUAUGAUUCCAGCUAAACAUAGGGAGAGCCAUUAACCUCAAAUGGAGAAGUUAUGGAACAGUGGUGAACCUACCCAGGAGUGACCAGCCUACAAAGAUUACCCCAAGAGAACAGCAAUGACUCAUCCAGGAGGACACAAAGGAACUCAGGACAACUUCUAAAGAACUGCAGGCCUCCCUUGCCUCAGUUAAGGUCAGUGCUCAUGAUACAACAAUAAGUAAAAGAGGAAAAAUGGCCUCCAUGGCAGAGUUCUAAGGAGAAAGCCACUGCUGACCAAAAAUAAAAUAAAGGCUUGUCUUACUUUUGCAAAAAAAAAAACAUCUGGAUUAUUCCCAAGACUUUUGGGAGAAUAUUAUAUGAACUGACAAGAUGAAAGUUGAGCUUUUUGGAAGGUAUGUGUCUCAUUACAUCUGGCAUAAAUGUAGCACAACAUUUAAGAAAAAGAACAUCCUAACAUCAGUGAAACAUGGUGGUGGAAGUAUGAUGGUCUUGGGCUGGUUUUCUCCUUGAGUACCUGGACAACUUGCUGUGAUUGACGGAACCAUGAAUUCUGCUCUUUAACAGAAAAUCCUGAAGGAGAAUGUUCAGUUUGUGACCUCAAACUGAAGCGCACUUGGGUACUGCAGCAGGAUAACGAAUGGCUUAAAGAAACAAAAUGAAGGUUUUGGAUUGGUCUAGUCAAAGUCCAGACUUGAAUCCGAUUGAAAUGCAGUGGCAUGACCUUAAAGAGGCAGUUCAUGCUGAAAAACCCUCCGUUUUUGCUUAAUUCAAACAAUUCUGCAAGGAAGAGUGGGCCAAAAUAUCUCCACAGAGAUCUUAAAGACCCAAUGCCAGUUAUAGAAAAUGCUUGAUUUCAGUUGUAGCUGCUGAGGAUGGCCCAACCAGUUAUUAGGUUUAGGGGGCAAUUACUUUUUUACACAGGGCUAGGUAACUUUGAAUAGAUUUUUCCCCUUGAAAUCACCAUUUAAAAAGUGUUUUUUUCAGGAUUUUCAGUUCACUUGGGUUAUGUUUGUAUGUUUGUUCGAUAAUCUUACACAUGAUAGUGGGGAAACUAUAGAAAAAUAUAAGAAUUUGAGAAGGGGGCCAAUACUUUUUUUUAACUGCACUUUACACAUAGCCUAGAGAGCUCCAGCCUGAGUGUUAGUGUGGAAAGUUAGAAGCACGCCUCACUCACAAAUGUUAUCACUUGUUUGGGAUGCAAAACAACAGUUGUUAAGAUGCAUUGUUGGGUUCCACAGCAAUACUCAGACUAGAGCUGUCCUACUGUAUCUCGCCUUGUUGCAUGAAGUGAUGCAGCCUGCUCGGAUGAGUCGCAUCUUUUAAGAUAAGCAGUGAAGUGCAUGUACAGUGAAAUAUGUAUGUCCUAGCUCACAUUAUGUUGCAGAUUGUAGGCAUGUAAAUGACAUCUGGGCUCGUAAAUAAUUUUUUUUCUUUAUUAUUGACAAUUAAAACUGUUCAGUGAA